AUGAACCCGAAGAGAAGAGGAAGCAGAGACAAUCCAGAGGUCACAGGGGCGAGCUGCUGUAAGCCCAGCUGCUCCCAGUCCAGCUGCUGCAUCCCUGUGUGUUCCCUGUCCAGCUGCUGUAAGCCCAGCUGCUCCCAGUCCAGCUGCUGUGUCCCUGUGUGCUCCCAGUCCAGCUGCUGCAAACCCUGCUGCUCCUACUGCUGUAAGCCCAGCUGUUCCCAGUCCAGCUGCUGCAUCCCUGUGUGUUCCCAGCCCAGCUGCUCCAUCUCUAUGUGUUCCCAGUCCAGCUGCUCCCCCCUGCUCCCCUGGGCCUGGGCAGGAGCAUCAGCCGCAGAGGGGGCUGGUCACCCGCGGGUGCCCUGGCAGGAGCAGCCGCCACCCGCUAGCCCUGCAGCACGCCAGCGCUGCCCGGCCCUCCGCGCGCAGCCCCGGGUCAGCAGGCUGCAGGCAGGCCGGCAGGGCUCUGCCCAGGCCACCGAGAGGGCGCUCCCAGGGCAGUGCAGGCUGUCGGCCUUAGCCUCCUCCUCGCAGCCGGCCACGCCCUGCAACCCCGGCCCUUGUCUGGCCAGCAGGGGGGCUGCAGGACACGGCUCAGGCUCCACACGCUCUGCCACGUGCGCAGACGAAAGUGAAUGGGUGAACGUGGACGGGGUGAUGGGCCCCACGGAGCCACUUCCUCUUCGCGAGCGGAGGGACCGCAUCGUCCUCUGUGUGCGCACAGAGGGGAGCCACAGCCCCUUCCCGCGGGCCAGCCUCCCGCCCGCGUCCCCCAGGGUGGGCGCCCAGGCCCUGCCCGGACCCUCUCGGCAGUGCCCAGACCUGCGCCAUGUCGCAGGCGCCAGGGAGCAGAGGCUGCCGAGGCCAGAUGCCACGCAGAAUGCGCUGGCGUGUGUUACGGUGUGA